UUUCACUUGAGAACGUCCUUUGAGUACUCGAUCGAGAAAGCCAAGUUUCUUUCAAGAAUCAAGAAUACGAAGAAUUAACCAAGAAUAUGGUGCGAACGCCGUGUUGCAAAGCUGAACUAGGGUUAAAGAAAGGAGCUUGGACUCCCGAGGAAGAUCAGAAGCUUCUCUCUUACCUUAACCGUCACGGUGAAGGUGGAUGGCGAACACUCCCCGAAAAAGCUGGACUCAAGAGAUGCGGCAAAAGCUGCCGACUGAGAUGGGCCAAUUAUCUGAGACCUGACAUCAAAAGAGGAGAGUUCACUGAUGACGAAGAACGUUCUAUCAUCUCUCUUCACGCCCUUCAUGGCAACAAAUGGUCUGCUAUAGCUCGCGGGUUACCAGGAAGAACGGAUAACGAGAUCAAGAACUACUGGAACACUCAUAUCAAAAAACGUUUGAUCAAGAAAGGUAUCGAUCCGGUUACACACAAGGACUUAAACGCCGGCACCGACAAAUCAGAAAACCACCCGGAUGAACAAAACGUUAAUCAGACAAGUAGUGAUGACGAUGUUCUUGAUAACGAGAAGCCGAAGAAGAACAACAAGAAUCGUAGAUUGCCAUCGGCUAGGUUCUUGAACAGAGUUGCUAAUAGGUUCGGAAAGAGAAUCAAUCACAGUGUUCUGUCCGAGAUCAUCGGAAGUGGUGGUCCACUUGCUUCUUGUCACACUACUACUACUACUACUACCACAAGUGUUUCCGUUGACUCCGAACAAGAUAAGUCAACGAGCUCCUCCUUCACACCAACCUCGAAUCUUCUCUGCCAGGCAGCCGUUAAUGCAACAACUCCUGUUUCAUCGUACUUUGACGUUGAUGGUUACGUUAAUCCGACGUCGUCUUCGUCAACGUUCUCCGAUUCCUCCGUUAACAAUCCUCCAAUGUACUGUGAUAAUUUCGUUGGUAAUAACAAUAUUGACGAUGAGGAUACUAUCGGGUUCUCGACAUUUCUGAAUGAUGAAGAUUUCAUGAUCUUGGAGGAGUCUUGUGUUGAGAACACUGCGUUCAUGAAAGAAAUUACGAGGUUUCUUCACGAGGACGAACGUGAUGUCGUUGAGGUCACGCCGGUCUAUGAACAUGAACGUCAAGACAUUUAUGACGAGAUUGAUAAAUAUUUUUCCUGAGUGCUUGAUCGGUGAAUCCCACGUGAUCAUGUGAUAUAUAUACAUAUAUAUAUAUACCAUGUCGAUAUGGAUAUGUUCUUUUUAUAAAGAGAUGCCGAUGGAUAUAUUACCUUGAUGAUGACGAUAAUAAUAAAUAAUGACGAUAAUAAUACUAAUGGCGAUGAUGAUAAACCAUGCAUGUAGCUUGUAUUCCCAUAUGUUAUAUGUACAUAUAUGCGUGUGUGUGGGUUUUAUGUUUUUUUUUUUUCUUCUUAUUUAU